AUGGCGACCCCCCAGCUCUUAGUAGACAAAGCAAUAGCCCUAGAAUACCUCCGGCACGGCGCCAAAGUCGCCAUUAAUCAUCUCGGAGGACCCAACGACGAGCCACUCGUCGAAGCUUUUCACAGCGAUGCUGCUGCGGUUGCAGCGGACUCAUCAACGCGGUUUAUCACUGUCGCUGGAGAUAUCUCCAAGCCUGAGACAGGGGCCGAUUUUGUGGCUAGGAUUGUCGACGCAUUUGGUCGUUUGGAUGUGUUUGUUAGUAAUGCUGGGGUUUGCCAGUUUGCUGAGUUUCUUGAAAUUGAACCCCCCCUCCUUUCCCAGACAGUAAACAUCAACCUCUGCGGCGCAUUCUACGCCACGCAAGCUGCCGGCCGCCAAAUGGCACUCAAACAAACACCAGCCGGCGGCUCAAUAAUCGGAAUAAGCUCAAUAUCCGCUCUUGUCGGCGGCGGACAGCAAUGCCACUAUUGUCCCACCAAGGCCGGCGUGCUAUCACUCAUGCAAUCGACAGCGGUGGCGCUGGGCAAGUAUGGGAUUCGGUGUAAUGCGCUUUUGCCGGGUACGAUUCGCACGCAGCUUAAUGAGGUGGACAUGAGUGAUGAGAAGAAGAGGGCGUAUAUGGAAGGGAGGAUUCCGUUGGGGAGGUUGGGGGCGCCGAGGGAUUUGGCUGGUCCGGCGGUGUUUUUGGCUGCGGAUGAGCUGAGUGGAUAUGUGACUGGCGCUCAGAUACUGGUUGAUGGGGGCCUGUUUGUGAACUUGCAAUAA